AUGUCCCUGGUGACAAGAAGGAGGCUCGCAUUGGUAUUGGCACAGGCGCUACUGCAGUUGAGCGAGAACCCAUGGCUGGCCAAGAAAUGGAACAAGGAGCAUAUCACUUUCUUCUAUGAAUCUCUUGGUGCACUCGUAUUGACUAAACCUUACUUGUCAUCUGUCUUCAGUGCUGACCAAGGCGGCGGGGAUGAUGGGCUCGAUAUCAAUCAAUUCUACCCUUGUCCCAGCAUCCUAUCUUUGGGGAUUCUCCUGAUUGAACUCGAGACAGUAAAGACCAUCGAAUCGUUCCGUAUCCCGGACGAUCUGACGGACGGUGUAGAGGUGAACGCGAAUACUGACUGGGCCACUGCUGAUCCUUGCCUUGAUACUCCUUGGGUUUCUGCUGGUCAACGAGUAAGUCUGGGGGACGCUGGUACCCGUGAUGGUUUUACUCGGGACGUUGUCAAACCGUUGGAAGAGGAACUAGCAUUUCUUUCGCGAGCACGCAUGUAG